CCUUGCUUCACAAUUUCAUUUAUUUUUAGCUUUUUGGCUCUACUAUAUUUAUUUCAACAGCUAGCUCGAUUUUCACCUGACCAUGGCUGAGCAAAAGUACUUUACCAACCGUGAAAUCGCCCUGGAGUACCGUUCGGACCUGACUCGCUGGAGGCUGGACGUGGACAAUGGACGCCACACAUGGCUCUAUCUGAGCGAAGAGGAAUCCAAGGAGCGCCCCCAAACCUUCUACGAGAAAUACUGGCUGGGCCUCGAAGCUGAAAUGCCCGAGCUUCCCAAGGCCACGCGCCCAAUGCAAGCUGCGCAAAACGGGUGGGAGUUCUUCAAGCGCCUGCAGACCGAGGACGGACACUGGGCGGGCGCCUACGACGGCCCACUGUUCGUCACCUGCGGCCUCGUCAUCAUGCAGUACAUCACGGGAAUUGCGAUUGAAGAGGCGCAUAAGCGUGAGAUGUGCCGCUACUUGCUCAACAUGGCGCGCGAAGACGGCGGCUGGGGCCUGCACACGGAGAGCAAGUCGACGGCUUUCGGCACAGGCAUGAACUACAUCAUGCUCCGCAUCUUGGGUCUGGAGCCCGACCAUCCGGCGAUGAUAAAGGCGCGCAAUACGCUGCACUCUCUGGGCAGCGCCCGCGCGAUUCCGUCGUGGGGGAAGUUCUGGCUUUGCGCGCUCGGCGUCUACGACUGGCAGGGAAUGAACCCGAUUCCCCCGGAGCCCCUGCUGCUGCCGGCCUUUUUGCCCGUCAAUCCGGGCAACUGGUGGGUGCACACGCGCGCGGUGUUUGUAGGCAUGAGCUACACGUACGGACAGAAGAAGUCCAUGCCGCUGAAUGACCUGACCCGGUCGCUGCGCGAGGAGCUGUAUGACCAGCCGUAUGAUGAGAUCGACUGGUACGCUCAACGCGACAACGUCUGUGACGCUGACCGCUACGUGCCCAAUACUUUGCUGCUGCGCGGGUUCAACACUACGCUGGGAAUCUACGAGAACUGGAAGCCGUCAUUUGUGCGCAACUGGGCGCUCAGGGAGGCGCUGUACCAGAUUGAGAACGAAGUCAAAAACACCCACUACCUGUGCAUUGCGCCGGUCAACUUUGCAGUCAACAUGCUGGCACUGUACUACGCGCGCGGCGCAGACAGCGACUGGUUCAAGGGCAUGAAGGACCGCAUUCCUGAUGUCCUGUGGAUGUGCCGCGAGGGCCUGGCCGCAUGCGGAACCAACGGAUCGCAGUUGUGGGACACUGCAUUUGCCGUGCAAGCUGCCAUAGACGCGGGCCUGGCUGGCUUGAAGGAUAACAGGGAGUGCAUGCUCAAGGCGCUGCAGUUUUUAGAGAGCUCGCAGAUUCGCAAGAACCCCGAAAACAUGAGCCGCACUUAUCGUCAGCCGACCAAGGGUGCAUGGCCGUUCAGCACGCGCGACCAGGCGUACACUGUUUCCGAUACCACAGCCGAGGGCCUUAAGGCGACCAUCAUGCUGCAGCAGGCGUCGUUCGUGCCCAACCUGGUCUCCGAAGAGCGCCUCUGUGAGGCCGUCGAUCUUCUUUUGGGCAUGCAGAAUUGGGGCGGCGGAUUUGCCUCCUACGAGCGCGUGCGUGGCCCGCAGGUCAUGGAGAUGAUCAACGCGUCCGAGGUUUUCGGCAACAUUAUGGUCGAGUACGCGUAUCCCGAAUGCACCACUUCGGUUGUCUUGGGUCUGACCACAUUUGCCAAGGCGUACCCAGACUACAAGCCCAAGGAGAUUAAAAAAUGCAUUGAUAGCGCAAUAAAGUACGUCACCAAGGCCCAGCGCAAGGACGGCAGCUGGUACGGGUCUUGGGGCGUGUGCUUCACGUACGCCUCCAUGUUUGCGCUGCAGAGUUUGGCCUGCGUCGACAUGCUGUUUGACACCUGCUGGGAGGGCAUGAAGGGGUGCGCCUUUUUGGUUGAUCGCCAGAACCCCGACGGCGGUUGGGGCGAGUCAUUCUCCAGCUGUGAGGAGAAGAAAUAUAUUCCGCACCCAGAUGGAAGCCAGGUUGUGAAUACAGCUUGGGCUGUGCUCGGGCUGAUGGCCGCCAAGUGCCAUUACAACGACGCAGUCAAGAAGGGUAUCAUCUUUUUGAUGAAGAAGCAGCAGCCGAAUGGUGAGUGGCUCCAGGAGGGCAUCGAGGGCGUGUUUAACCACUCGUGCGGUAUUCGCUAUCCGAACUACAAGUUCGUGUUUCCCGUGUGGGCGCUUGGUCGCUAUGCUGAGAUCUAUGGAAAUCUGCCCGUCAUUGAGUGAAAAAUAUACCAGUAAUGAAAUGCAUGUCAUAUGCGCUAUCAAUUUAAACCCACU